AUGAAUCAUUUCAUAAUUUUUUUGUUAGUUACUAGUACUACUAUGUAUUUUGGGCUAAACGAAGCUUGCAAAAAAAAUCAUGUAGUAAUUCAUAAUGAAAUCGCUCCUGGUAUCGUUCCCAACAUUGCGUGUCGAGAAUAUAGCAUAGAGCGCCCACCUAAAAGAUUUCACCAACUAAAUUAUAAGGAUCCUUUUUAUAUCAUUGAGUUUGAAGAUAAUAACCAACUACCUCAUGGUGAAAAAUGGUAUUGUUUGCUUAUGUACGGGACUAAACCAAAAUAUUGGUAUGAUAUAGAAGUAUAUCGUCAAGGCUAUUAUCCUCGAUGUGGUCAAAUACGUUCAUGGAUUGCCAAAACGGAUGGAAUUUGGUUUACAAGAAGAUAUGACAGCCCUCCGGGACAUGUUCUUAAUUGGAAAAUUCAGUAA